UUUUUGGAACCCAAACACCCAACGCAGCUGCCAACUCCAUCGACUCCAAAUCCUUAAUAAAGUACCUGCAGCAACUUUAAACCCCGUAAUGCGUAACCAUAUUAUCUCUCAACUCCAAUUCAGUCCAUCGUUUCGCAAGAUCAUCAUUCUCUUCACACUUACCUAGAUCAUCUCAGCUCGCUUAAGAGGAAUUUUCUCCAAUUUCUUCAAGCGAAAAUGGUUUUCGAAUUAGGUGGGGAACAGGGGGAACAAGACAUCUCUUCGGGCAGCAGUUACGAAGAGUCCCAAGACAAUGACGACGCCCGAAAAGGUCGUUGUGGCUUCGUGAGUGAUUUCUUGGCAAGGCUUAAACAUUUCACCUGGGCCAACUACACUUUUCCUAUGUCUACCGGAGGUCUUGCUUUGUUACUUGCAGAACAGACACAGGGCUUGAUAUUCCCCGGCCUUCAAACAAUCGGAAAAGUUGUUUAUAUCUUCGACCUUGCCGUCUUCACCCUCGUUACCGCUGCGAUAACCUACCGCUUUAUCAAAUUCCCUGGCACUUUGAAGCAUUCUAUCACCCACCCCACCGAGGCGCUCUUCCUAGGCACUUCAACCCUCAGCUUGGCAUCCAUCAUCGCUGGCAUUGCCCGAUAUGGAAUCCCCUCAUGCGGUCCGUGGCUUAUAACCGCCUAUCGCGUCUUGUUUUGGAUAUACUUCGUCAUCACCUUUGCGCUUGCUGUUGGCCAAUAUUCACUACUAUUUACUUCCCCGCUUCUGAGAAUCCAAGACAUGACGCCCGCCUGGGAUCUUCCCAUAUUUCCCUUCAUGCUGUCGGGUACUGUCGCAUCAGCCGGUGCUGCAUUUCAACCGCCGAAUGAAGCUGUCCCUAUGAUACUCGGAGGUCUAACCGCUCAAGGUCUCGGGAUGUGUGUAUCGAUUAUGAUGUAUGGUAUUUACGUUCGACGGAUGAUACAAUGGGGAUUUCCGUCCCCUAAUUCACGGCCCGGCAUGUUCAUAGCGGUCGGGCCGCCUUCAUUUACAAGUCUUGCUAUUAUUGGGCUUGCAAAUGACUUUCCCGAGCACUACAACUUCUUCGGUGCUGACUCAAUCACCAUACAGAUUCUCCGUGUUCUCGCAACUUUCACGAGUAUCUUCAUUUGGUCAUUGAGCCUAUGGUUCUUCUGCAUCUCGGUUGUGGCUAACCUAGCUAUCAGAAAGCAGUUAUCAUUCCACCUUAACUGGUACGCUUAUGUAUUCCCAAAUGUUGGGUUUACAAUCACAAUCAUCUCUCUCGCAAAGAGUUUCCGAAGCCGAGCGGCCAUGGCAGUUGGCAGUGCGAUGACGCUCAUGCUAGUUGCGAUGUGGAUAUUCGUAUUUAUCCACCACGUAAAGGCCGUUAUCAAUUGCGAGGUCAUGUAUGAGGGAAAAGACGAAGACGUCUAUGUGAAUGAAAAGAGACACUCCCACGUCAAGCCCAACAAGAGUGUGAGCGACAUAGAAAAGGAGGCGUGAUGAAACUUGCGCUUAGGUACCUACCUUGCGGAACGCCAUCAAGCCAUGUAUACUGACUGGACUAGACCAUGUGGAUUUGUGCUGGCUUCAUAUAUCCUAACGACGAGGACGAACUAAUGAGAUUAUGAUUACUUAGAUUAUAAUAUAUCCAAUAUGGGGGACGGCAGUUUAAGAGAUACCUAGCGUUCACGGAACCGGUAUUAGGUAGCAACACAUAUGUAAUCAAUAAUAGACAUUUGUUUUACCACUA